AAUAGUAUAUCUAUGUCGCAUAUACCAGGUAGUGAUCAUCCUAGAAUCCCAUUUGAAUUAUAGCAGACACAAAGGCGAGUUACUUAACCACAUUUGAUAACACAAAACUGGACCAAGACCACCACCCGGAAAGACAAGCACAAUCUCUUAAGAAACAUGGAGACUGUGCUGGAGUCAGACAUAGAGGAGCAACCAAGGAGCAGAGAGGCACAAGAGGAGGAGGAAGGCAGAGAACUGGAGGAAGCUCGCAGAAACUCCCACAUCUCACCUCUUCAGCAGCUUCUCGUGAAGUUGGACAUGACGGACGAUUCGUGUCCUGAGUCCCACAGGAUCAACUCUGCUGAUGAGAUUCGACUGUUGGCCAUUGCCGACAACUUCCGAUGUCAGUAUUCGCACUUGUUUCCCGACCGCAAGCCGCUGCUGCUCUGCCCUCUCAAUGAGUGUGGUGUUAGGAAGUUUGUGUCUACCACUCUUCGGCCCACAUCACCAAUGUACCCUGAACUCUUCACCUGGGAGGGCUGCGCCUCGUUUGUGGCGGACUUCAUGUCUCUGGACCCUUUGGAGCCACCUAUCGACCUGCCCAGGUACCUGUUCUCGCCCGCCUCAGUGCUGCACACUCAGAGAGCCUCGUGUUUUGAAUUUGCCACGCUGCUCUGCAGCCUCCUGCUCGGCACCGACUAUGACGCCUACUGUGUCAGCGGCUACGCAGCCAAAGAGAUGUGUCUGCUCGACCAGAGCCUGCAGGACUGCCCCCUUUUGUGCACUAACAUCCAGAGUGUGACCUCAGAACUGGAGACACAGGAGAACAAAUACACGGUGAAACCUCCGAGGGAUCUGAAGAGUCACUUUGUGGCACAGCAAGAGAAGAAGAGGCAACAGGAGGCUGAAGCUGCUCUGUUUCAAAAGCUAGAGGAGCAGAGCGAGCAGCAGUCUUUUGACCCUCUGCGAGGGCUGUGGGUGCACUGCUGGGUCCUAGUGCUCUCUGGAAGUCGGAGCGUCCAGGAGAACUUCUUCAUUGACCCCCUGACCGGGAUCAGAUACAACACCGCUGCCGCCGACUUCCUGGGCAUCGAGAGUGUGUGGAACAAUCUCAACUACUAUGUCAACAUGCAGGACUGCAGCGCCGGCUGCGUUGGUAUGAUGUAUGACCUGGAGGAUUUGAACAUGUGGGAGCCGGUCCUGUAUGGAGCACCAUUAAAGAAGAGAGAACAAGAGAACAACGAGAACAAGAUGAUGAGCAAAAUGAACAAAGAUGAGGAGGAGGAGGAGGAGGAGUCCUGGGUUUUUGAGAUGCCGAGAUCCUGGGUGAGCUGCAUCACAAUCUCAAAAAAAGACCUGGAGACUCGCUGGCCGGGAGGACAGAAGGUGACCCGCUACAGAGGAGCCCGGCUUGAGAAGUUCUCCCCAUACCUGAGGCCAGACGGCCUGCUCAAACAACUGGUUUCAUACAAAGACCUGGACUACACUGAGGUCGCCACAGUGAAGGAGUGGUAUCAGCACAGAACGGACCACCUGCAGGAGCGGGAGGUGAACAAGAUUGACAACUUCACCACAGAGCACUUCAAAUAUGGACGACCAUUCCACCUGUUAUUUCACAGAUACCAGACCCUGACCGCAGACGGCAUACACGAGAUGGAGUUCAGCAACGGCCACGUGAACCAUCUGGUGCGGAGGCUGGUGUCAUCAGGUGAAAUGACGGAGACCUUCGAGAACCGGGCCGACUUUCUCUCCUACAGGCGCGUCGUCUUCGGUCGACACGUCCAGUUUUCAGAAGAACAAGUGAACUCUGAGCCGGACAUCCAACUUCUACAGGUGGUGGAGCGUUUCUACAGGAAUAGAUCCAAACCAGCCAGUGAGGACGUGGCCGAGCGAGUGUUCCUGGUGACUGAGAGACGGAUCGAGGUGACCUACCACCUAGAGGAUCUCAGAUUUAUCCCUUCAAAGAGGAGCUUCAUCAAACCUCGAGAUUCGACAGAACAAAAGAAGGCAGGGGACUUCACACCCGACAUGGUCUCCAGCUUCCAGGUGGAUCCAUCUGAGAAGCUUAUUAAGACCCUGACUCUGUAUGAGAUGCUGGUGGCCCUGAUGAAGGAUGAGGAGAAGGUGACGCUCCAAAUCAAAGAGUCUCUGAAAGAGGUGAGAGACAUUGUGUCCUGCAGACAGCAGGAGGAGGGAGACAUUCAGCUUUUCCUCUCUCCAUGGACGACAGCAGGAACUGCCAAGGCUCACAGACAGAGGCAGAUUAUGGAGCGUCUUGCUGUGGAGGAGCAGCGGUGGCAGCAAGAGAAGGAGAAAGACAUCCUGGCUCCGAUCCUGAUCCGACUGGACAACACACAGACUCUGAGCGUCGAGGACGCCAAGCAGCUCCACCGGGACUGUUUGGCCGAGUUUAAACAGAGACUGGUGGAGCACGCUAACCUCAUCCGGGAACGCUACGAUAAGGAAACACAGGAACUGCAGAGGAAACAGCAUUGGUACCAGCAGAACCAGCUCACCAUGACGAAACAAGAGGAGGAAGGAUAUCAGACGUUCUGCUCCGAGAAAACUCUACAGAUCAGUGUCACCCAGAGACGACUCAGCAUGCACAAGGAAGCAGCUCCUCUGAAGUACCGUGCUCUCGACCAGAGGCUGAGACAAGACCCUCGACUGGCCCCUCACAUGAUCAUCUGAACCAAUCAUCUGCCUCCUCUUCAAAGACCAAUCAGAUAUUUAAUCUCAGAUAAAGGUUGUGGACUAGAACGUUUAUAUAAAUCAUGUCUGAACAUGAAUCCUCUCGCAGGGAUUUUAGGAGGGCAGUUAGCAGAUUGUGUCAAUUAUUUGACCUCAGUGUUAAAGUUUAGCUCUGUGACUAAAGUGAAAUCAAGAUGUCUAAAAAAAACGUCAAACACAGUGGUAAAAUAUUUUCCCUUGGUGACCCUGUUGUAUGUGACCAUCAGCUGUAUCUCCUUUACUGGGGGGGUGGGGGUGUAAUGAGUAUUUCUGCCUCUAGGCGUCCUCAGUCUCUGUUUCUCUCAUUUAAGUCUGAUUGUUUUCAAGAACUGUGAGUUUGCCUGGUUUAUUUAUCAGGUCAAGAGAACAACCAAACUAAAUGACAAAAGAGAAAGAAGUUCCCAAAAAUGUAUGGAUAUAUUGCCAAUAUUUGUAUCAACAGUAUGACCUCAUAGUAGGGAGAACAUCUGCCAGCUGGAAAGUUCUCUGUAUAAUGACUCAGAGCUCAUUUAUUAAGCAUUUGCAAAUAAUUUAUUAACCAAUAAUAAAGGCAAUAAUACAAAUU